AUGACAUCAGCAGUAGCUUUCUACAAACAGCUGGCGACACUCUCCCUAGGAUUUCCCACUUCCCCUCCCAGAGGGCAGGGCGGCGCCUUGCGCACCAGGCUCCGCUAUGAACACCCGCAUGCCCGGCCGGACAACCUGAUGAACACGCAGCACUGCAACUUCCUCUGCCUGCCCGAGAACUACCAGAUGAAGUACUACUUCUACCACGGCCUGUCCUGGCCACGGCUCUCCUACAUCGCCGAGGACGAGGAUGGCAAGGUUGUGGGCUAUGUCCUGGCCAAAAUGGAGGAGGAACCUGACGACAUCGCCCACGGGGACAUCACCUCGCUGGCCGUGAAACACUUGCACGGGCACCUCAGCCUGGCCCAGAAGUUCAUGGACCAGGCCUCACGGGCCAUGGUGGAGAACUUCGGGGCCAAGUACGUGUCCUUGCACGUGAGGAAGAGUAACGUGGGGGCCUUGCACCUCUACUCCCACACCCUCAACUUCCAGGUCAAUGAGGUGGAGCCCAGCAUUGUAGAGCUGCUGCUGCUGCCGCCACCGCCACCGCCACCGCCACCCAAGCGCUAA